AGGAGUUUUGAAUAUUGUAUUGAAGAAAAAGCAAUUAAUUUCAUAACCACAAUAAACAUGACAAGAAAAUCUAUUAAAAUUGCAGUCGUUUUCUUGAUUAUCGCUGUUUUACUUGCUUCUGUAAUACUGGUUGUUACUUCGAUACAGACUAUAGGAUCAACAGAAUUUGGAUUGAAAUAUGAUUCUAUCAAAAAACAUCUACAGAAGGAGGUGUUUUAUGAAGGGCUUUAUCUUGGUCAACCUGGUUUUCAAAUUAUAAAAUUUUCAGCUGUAUUCCGAUCAAUGCAGUUUCAAGACUUUCAUUGUUUAAACAAAGAUGAGAUUGAGAUUAAACUCAUUCUUUCAUUUCAGUAUCGGGUAAGAUCAGAAUAUCUAUAUAACGUUACACUAUUAUUUAAAGAUCAAGAAGGACUUGAUGAGAUGGUUGAAUAUAUAGCCAAGGCAGCGAUUUAUGAAUCUUGUUCUAUGUUCAACACUUCUCAGUUUCAAGCCGAGAGGGGACAAUUCCAGCUAGCUGUCAAAGAUGCUCUGAUUAAACGACUUGAGACAGUUUAUACAGAUCUCACCGACCUACAAAUGCAGAAUAUCCAAAGACCUUUAGAAUAUGAAAAUGCAAUACAAAGCAAAGAAACUGCAAGAGAAGAUAUAGACGUGGCUCGUCAGGAAGCACCAAAAAGAAAAAUUAUAGCUAUAAACAAACUAAAGGACAUUAAAAAUGCAGCAGAGAUAAUUCUACAGAAGGCAAAAAGUCAUGCCAAUGUCGUACUUAUACAGGCAGAAGCAACGAAAAAAGCGAUAAUGCAACAAUAUGAAAAUGAAGCAAAAGUGAAUAAAAAUUUGAAAAUUGCGUUGGGCUUUUCAGAUCAAGAUUUUAUAAGAUAUUUAGCUACAAGAGCAAUAUUUAGUCCUAAAGAUUCACCAGUUGAUAUCGCUAUUGGACAAUCUGCGCAGUUAGAUUUACAAAAAUAA